GACUGCGGACACAGUACAGGGAUGACCAGAGACUGCGGACACAGUACAGGAGAUGACCAGAGACUGCGGAACACAGUACAGGAGAUGACCAGAGACUGCGGGACACAGUACAGGAGAUGACCAGAGACUGCGGACACAGUACAGGAGAUGACCAGAGACUGCGGACACAGUACAGGGGAUGACCAGAGACUGCGGACACAGUACAGGGAUGACCAGAGACUGCGGACACAGUACAGGGAUGACCAGAGACUGCGGACACAGUACAGGGAUGACCAGAGACUGCGGACACAGUACAGGGAUGACCAGAGACUGCGGACACAGUACAGGGAUCUUCUGCGGACAGCACAGGAGAUGUGGGCACAGCCGGGAUGUGAUAGCUGCGGACUUCACUGC